AUGCAGAUUGCAUCUUGGAAAUGCCAACCUUACACUCUACAAACAUGCUCUUCUCGCUUUCACCGUCUGCUCAUCAGCGUGCAUGGCACGCUGUCGCCGUCAGAGGUCAUGAUGGCCUAUGGCAAGAAGGCGCUAGCAGCACAGAAAGCAACCAACUGCCUCUCCGACAUCAUGUUCCAAGAGGCGUCGUCGACACCAGCUCUCUCAAGUUGGGGCCCCGGUGUAGACUCGGCCGAUGUCAACAGCAGCAGCAGCACGGUCAACGAGGUGCCUCGAGACCGACUGCUUCUCGGGGUGCCGGUCAACACUGUCGACAUCGAAGGCCGCGACUCGACCAUCGGCUACUCGCGCUACGUCGGACGACCAGCGACGACCUCCGCGCCGCUAGUCCGACUCUUGCAAGACGCAGGCGCUCUCAUCCAUGCCAAGACGACCGUCCCGACUGGUCUUUUCCACAUAGAAACCGUAUCUGAUGUCUAUGGCCGAACUCUGAAUCCGCAUAACACGGCCAUUACAGUAGGAGGUUCUUCAGGCGGAGGGGCAGCCCUCGUCGCAUGUGGGGGAAGCAAGAUUGAAAUCGGGAGUGAUAUUGGUGGUUCGGUUCGGAUUCCUGCACAUUUUUGCGGGGUUUGGAGUUUGAAGGGGAGUGCAGGGAGGUUCCCCACGUGGGGCAGUCGGUCGUCGCUUGCUGGCUUGGAGGGUAUUCAACUCAUUACCGCACCUCUGGCUUCAAAUUUGGACGACCUCGAAGAGUUUUGGAAGAGGGUUAUACACUGCGAGCCUUGGCAGUAUGAUCACACUUGCAUACCACUCCCUUGGAGACCUAUCGAUUUGCAACAAGAAGGGCGGAAGCUCAAGUGGGGCGUCAUGUGGGAUGACGGUACAGUCCCACCUACUCCGGCAUGCCGUCGAGCUCUAGCCACCGUUGCGAACGCACUUCGCAAGCAAGGGCACGAAGUCGUUGAUUUCACUCCGCCAGAUUUAGUCUCUGGCCUUCAAACUGGAUACCGAUUACUAUUUGCAGACGGAGCUCAACAAGUGGAAGCUCCUCUCCAACCAGGCGAAAGGGUUACCGGACCCGCACAGGCUAUUCUGAACUUGUUCAAUCUUCCUCGCAUCGUCAAGAAAAUAUUUGCCUACUUUCUAAAGUCGUCGGAUCCAUUUGCGGCGGAGGUCUACAAGUCCAUGCACCCCUUGACUGUCUUGGAGGAUCGAGCUGCCAUUGUUUCCCGGGACGAGUACCGGGCGCAGUGGCACAAGAAGUGGAUAGAUGAGGGCUUGGAUUUCUUGAUCACCGUGCCCCAUCCACUGCCUGCUUUCCCUCACGGUGGCGGAGUCAAGGUGUCGCUUAUGAGCGUCGGCGUCACCUUCCUCUUCAACCUGGCAAGUACUUUACAGCUCGACUAUUCCGCUGGCGUGCUACCCGUCACUCACGUCGACAAGGACAUUGACGGCCUCGCACCCAACUUCACUUCAACGCCCGAGUACCAAUCCAUGAACAGUGUUGUCAAGGGCGUGUACUCGGUCUACGACGCGGAGAAGAUGCACGGGCUUCCGUUGGGCGUGCAGGUAGUUGGGCGAAGGCUCGAGGAAGAGAAGGUGCUGCAGGGUAUGAGGGUGGUAGAGGUUGCUUUGAAGGAGGCCGGCGUGUACUUUUAG